AUGAAUCGACCAUUGUUUCUUCCACAGACACCCGUGGGCGUGCAGUCUAACGCUCGCGAGAAGCAGAUAUUCGACUUGCUACGUAACCUCACAAUUACUCAAGUGGCAGGGGCGUUUGAUCAAGGCUUCUGGACUCGCGAUGUCAUGCAAGCCACGCAGUCUUCCCCUCUGAUAUGGCACGCCAGCCUUGCUUUCUCGGCUAUGCAUCAUAAGAUGAAGCUUGGCGCUCUGCCAGGAGAUCGAAAGAUGACCAUGGCUGAAGACUACUAUACGAUUGCCCUGAGACAGUACAACAAGGCCAUCCAACACCUGAUUCCGCUAACUAGCAAGAAGCACAUGACUUAUGCCGACAAGGAAACCGUGCUGCUGGCCAGCGUCCUCUUUGUUGGCAUAUGCUGUCUCCAGCGAAAUAUAAAGCACGCCAAACUACACAUAGAAAACGCAGUGGAACUCUUCUACCAGUGGGAAUUCUGGCAAUAUGAAGAUUCACCAGGCGCCGUGGUGCGUCCUAGGUCUCUCCUGCAACUGGUCACCACAUUUCAGUAUCAGCUUUCCGAUAUGGGCGGUGCCAAAUCAGCAGCGGUGCAACGGCAGAUUGCCAUGACUCAAGUUACUAUUUCUCCAAAGCCGUUUACGACAGUAACAGAGGCGUACUUUGAGUAUCUUCAUCUUCAUUUCGGCCGUGCCAUGCUUCACCCAGACAACGACAAGGGGCUGUAUCCAAUGCGAGAGAAGUCUAUGGCUUAUACAGCUUGCUGGAAUCGAUGGAGAGAUAAGUUCCUCGCGCUCGAGAAGUCGCAGGAGGGCUCCAAGGAGGGCUCUCCAGAGCUCGAUAUGGAAGCCCUACACAGACUGCGACUGCUAGUUGACUGCGAGGACCUUUGUGUCAGUGUACGCCGCAAUAGAACACCAGAAACUCUGAUCAAAAGUAUUCCAAAGAUGGCUCUUUUCGUGGAUGCAGCGGAAGAGAUCCUCGAGCGAGAAUCCAUGGCUGGCGACAUCUACCAAGGAUCCUCACCUGUCUUUUCCUUCUCUCUGUCUAUCUGCGAAGUACUCCGGAUGAUUGGACUUACAACAAACAGCAUCCACCUCCGCAGGAGGAUUGUUACCAUCUUGAAAGAGUUACCGCGACAAGAUGGGUUCCUGGACGGACAAUUAUCUCGAUUCCUUAUCGAAGCAAAAAUGGCAUUCGACAAAGAACAUGCUAAUACAGAGGUUCCCGAAGAUUUUGCACAGUGUAACUGCGUUCGAGGACUGUUUGUAUGCCAAACCCAUAAACUCGCCGAUCUCAUUCUUGAUUUCUCGGAGGAAGAAGCCGUAAACAUGCGGAUACUCAAUACUAUUCACAUGGCAAAAGGAUUGCCGGGCAAAACGUAUAGGUUUGAAUGGGAGCCAUGGAUCCGGCCGGUUCGUGAUAAUAGCGAAUCAUCGGGUUGA